AUGGUCCCCAUGCGACCUCAUUCUACUCACUUAUUCUACCCGAAAGCAUUGCUGCUUUCUUCCUGUUAUCUGACGAUGCUGGAACUCGUCCCCCCAUUUAGAGUUCACGAAAAAGUUUUUAAACUUUUCGUUUUGUUCCUCUUACAAAUUGCUUUGCUGAGGCUUCGACACUUCUAUGUACCUUUCUAUUCGCGCGCAAAGUAA